CAUACAUUGAAUACUAUAAUACUUGGCAACGCCGCUUUAUUGUUUUAUAAUAUAAAAGUUGGAGUGGAUAAACCGGCUUGUUUGGAAUAACAGAUUAGAUAAAAACCAACUUUGUAGUUCAAUCAGUUUCGUAACAGUUUUCUACACAUUUUUCCAUUCUAGUAAAAUGGCUUCACUCAUAUCAUUGGAAAAUGAUGUUUUGCGAUCCUAUUUAUUUUAUUCCACCAUUCUCAUUUUGAAAAUGAUGUUUAUGGCAUUUUUCACGGGUUCGAAGAGAUUUAAACACAAGGCAUUUGCCAAUCCAGAAGAUGCGCAGAAAUUAAAAUUGAAACCAAAAACUGAUGAAAAUGUUGAAAGAGUUCGAAGGGCCCAUUUAAACGACAUUGAAAAUAUACCGUUGUUCUUUGUAGCAGCAGUAAUUUACAUACUAACAAAUCCAACACCAUCGAUUGCCAAAAUGUUAUUCUUGGUUUAUACAGUUGCCAGAAUAGCGCACACGUUCGUUUAUGCAGUCGUUCCUAUCCCACAACCAGCAAGAGGAAUCAGUUGGUUUAUUGGAACUGCUAUUACUGGUUACAUGACCAUUACGAGUUUAUUACAUUUCAUGGUUUGAACUUAGUUGUAAAACGGACCUUUUUUAAUAAAAUUAGUUAAUGUUA